UCGGCAAUUGGCAAGUCUAACAUGGCGCGGACUGCGUGCGUCGCAGCCAGCGUACUCGUGCUCCUCGCGUGGGCCGCCGCCGUGUCCAUUUGCUCAAUGGGCAUGUUCAUCGACGUUGCCAGCGUCAUGACCAGCUCGCGCAGCUUGGCGCCGUGCCUCCGCGCCUGUGGCGUCAGCUUUGCAGAAUACAACGCGGGCCAGUUUCCAAGCGACGCGCAGUGGCAGCGUUUUUCCGUCACGCCCGACUGCCAGGCCUUUUACGCCGAGCUCAAGUCGAGCUUCGCAGCACUCGACGAGUGCGUUGUCCCGACGGCCAAUGGUCCGCUGAACCUCCACCGCUUGGAGAACGUUCCGAUCGAGACGCUUCUGCGCUUAACAUACCCAAUUGCGCACCCCAAUUACACGCAGACGAACGCCACCGCGCCGCCAUUGCACGCGGCCUCCUGGGCCACACGCCACUUACUAGACGUCGGGCUCGUGGUGGCCAUUGUGAUGCUCGGCAAGCGCCUUGGCACUUGCGUCGGCGUCGAGCACACCAAUGGCUUCCGACCACCCAUCGUCCGUUGCGGUGACGGCAUCGACUUAGGUGGCCACGGCGUCUUGCUCGUCAACGGUGUCAACGACAGCGUCCUCCAAACCAUUGAGGCCUUUGUCCGCCUCGACGACCAGCGACACAUGCUCGACAUCUGCCGUCCCUUCGGCAUCGUCCGACCACGUCACAGCAGCAUCGUUGACGUCUCCAUCACGGGCACUGGCACCGGCGUCGCUUUUGUCCGUACGGACUUCACCAUCCGCGGUCUGGAGCACAAGGUCGGUAUCCAUGUGGUCUGGCGUCACGGUGAUCUCCACGCCCACGUCAUCAUCGUCCGCGUCAUCCUCGUCUGCAACCGACGACUCGACAGGCGCGACGACACUCUCGACGCGGUCCUUCUCACCGAGUGCCGUCUCACGACGCGGCAGGUCGACAAUGGCUUCAACAGCGUGGACGACUUGGAUGCUGGUACUGGCCGUCGUGCUGGCUUCGACAUCGGUGCCACCGGCAACGGGAUCAACGUCGCCGUCAAACGUUGA